AUGUCGGGCUUCUUACAUUCUACAGCUACGCUGCUGGGCAGGACGAUCCUGUCGCCCGUCGCUCCGCACUCGCUCUUUGCGGUCAACGUCGAGUACUGCAAGCAGCCGCAGUCGGAUGAGCGAGCCAGACGGUCGCCGUCCAUCGAGACGCUGCUCGCAGCCACAGAGACGCUCAACCCAGCCAAGAAUCCGACGUACAAGCCUACGCCGUGGCUGUCGACGGGCCAUCUGCAGACCAUCUAUUCGGCCGUGGGCAACUUUAGCCAGAUCGAUGCCGUCGAGUACAAGCGGCGCGUGUUUGUCGUUCCAGACGGCGGUACUGUCGGUCUCGACAUCUCGCCUCCCGCGCUGGCUGAUAGCGAGGAGCAGCUACGCGCACAGAGCCACCCGGCAGCGGAUGGGCUGCCGACUGUAGUGUGUCUGCACGGCCUCACGGGCGGCAGCCACGAGAGCUACGUGCGCAACGUGUUUUCGCACCUCACCAAACCCAAGUCCCAAGGUGGGCUGGGCUACCGCGGCAUCGUGGUCAACUUCCGCGGAUGCGCCAAUGUACCCGUCACAUCGCCGCAGCUCUACUCGGCACUCAAGAUCGCCGAUGUACGCUCGGCGCUGCUGCUCAUCACCAAGCUGUACCCGAACUCGCCGCUGGUAGGCAUCGGCUUCUCGCUCGGCGCCAACGUGCUCGGCCGCUAUCUCGGCGAGGAAGGCGACAACACACCGCUACUCGGAGGCAUCAUCGUAGGUACGCCGUUCGACCUCAAGGCGGGCGCAGACGAGCUCGACUACGGCGGCUUUCUGUCGCAAAAGUACUCGAUGGCCAUGGGGCAUAAUCUGCAGCGCAUGGCACGCAAGCACAAGGACACGCUGGCUCUGCAUCCGCCCUUCCGCGCGCUGCUGGAUGAUCUGUACGACGCACCCCCGCAGCCCAAGGCUGAGUUGGAGGUGUACAAGCAGCAUGCCAAGAAUGGCGGGCCCCGCGAUGGCGAGCGAGCGAUCAUCAAGCGCGGCUCGCUCAAGGCGGCCGACCAGACCAUGACGCGCUUUGUCGGCGGCCUGCCCAAACCGUACGGCGAGUUCCCCUUUGACACCGCCGACGACUACUACCACUACGGCGGAUGCGCCAACAACAUCGGCGACGUCCAGCGCCCGCUGCUGUGUCUAUCCGCCCAGGACGAUCCCAUUGUGCCGGGUAAGAUUUGGCACAAGAUCCGUGCUGCCAUUGGACGCAAUGCCGAUGGCUCACCCAUGGAUCCCGCUUCGGCACAGGGAUGCAAUAAGAACGUGGUUCUCGCCUGGACGAAGGGCGGUGGGCAUCUGGGAUGGUUCGAGGGAAUUCGGCCGAGGAGGUGGCUGUACCGUCCCACGUCCGAAUUCAUCGCGGCGCUGUUCGAGCAUACCUCGCCCGAGGAAAAAGCGCGAGUGCGAGCCAGAAGUCGAUGGGCAUCGGACAAGGUGCAGACCAAGCGGGUGGAGGUCGAGUUGAUGCCCAAAGAGGCGCUGCCGGUGUACACUCUCCCGGGCGAAGACGGCCGCGCAAGUCGAUGGACCGAUUCGCAGCCUGCAUCGGGCAGCUCCACCCCAGCGGCUGGGGUGGAAGGUACAGACUCCCCCGCACGCGUGGCAUCGCUCGAGCGCGAUCUGCAGUCCGACAAGCGUGGAGCCGAGGAUGCACUGUUGAACCCCUCGGAUACCGGGUUUGCUGCCAACGCUCCGCCUGCCUCGGAACCCAACACCGAUGCUGCUGCGCACGGCACGCUGAGGAUGGGUUGGCUGCUCACGCGCGUGCUCAAAGACGCCCCGCUGGUGCAUCCGCGCCAUGCGACCUAUGCGACUUACACCCCACCCACGCCCGCAGAGGCAAAGCGGCUGGGAUGGGAAACUGUCCAGCUGGAUAUGUACGUUGAUGCCGACCAUCCCGAGGUGGGAUUCGCCGAGCUUGGGCCAGAGACGCGAGUGGCCGGGGUGGGGACUACCUUCCGCGGCGGAAUCGAAACGCCCGGUGCCGAUAUGGAGCCCAACUCAUCCACCAACGCCAAGAACGUCAUUGCCGGCCUCUGA